GAUUCCAUUCGACAAAAGUAGCCAAAUCCUAAAUUUAUGUUAACUUUUUAAUAAAAUUCCAAAAUUACCCCCACCAUUAUCUUCAACCCCUCCUCUCUUCUUUCCCAAAUCUCAAAUACCUCCAUUGCCUAAAAACCCUAAUCUCAAUACCUAAAAACCCCAAAUGAUCAUUUUCCUAAUCCUAAUCUCAAUACCCCUUUCAACAAUUUUCAACCCUCUCUUUAUUCAGCAAUUUAACCUUUCUUCUUCUUCUUCUUCUAUGGCUUCAAUGAACUUGCUGGGUUUCUCUCUCUCCCCUCAAGAACAACACACUACUACUACUCAUCAUCAUCAAACUCGUUUUGGGUUAUUCAAUCCCACUGCACAAGAUGAUGUAACUGCUGCUGAUGAUGGAAACUGCUUCGAUCUCACUCCUUCCACUCAUGUCGCUACUACUCUCAACCUCCCUCCUUUUCCCAUCUAUCAAGAACCCUUCAACAAUCAUCAUCACCUUUCUACUCAUCAAGGAAAAUAACUACAUCAACCAAAACCUGCUAUUGAAAACUUCAUGCAACAACAAUAACAAUGUCGACGACAACCACACCACCACCAUCACCAACAACCCAAGCUCGAGAACUUCCUCGGUGGACACUCCUUCGCCGAUCAUCAUCAUUAUUACAGUGCCAACUCAUCGAGAGACUACCUCUUCCAAAAUUGCUCUCAGCCGGAAGUUACAGCAGGAGGAGGAGAAGGCUCCGCCGGCGGCAGUGGUGGAAGCACAAACUCAAUACACCAUCAACACGUGUUGGUGAAGGAGGUGGUAAAAUUGAUGAAAAGAAUAAAGAGAGGGUUGAAAUUUGUUGAAAGGGGUAUUGAGAUUAGGGUUAGGAAAAUAAUAAUUUGGGGUUUUUAGGUAUUGAGAUUAGGGUUUUUAGGCAAUGGAGAUAUUUGAGAUUUGGGAAAGAAGAGAGGAGGGGUUGAAGAUAAUGGUGGGGAUAAUUCUAGAAUUUUAUUAAAAAAUCAACAUAAAUUUAAGAUUUGGCUACUUUUGUCGUACGGAAUCUAUCUUUGAUGGAUACAACGUUAGUUUCCUUCUUUAAUGGAUACUUUUGUCAGCAUUCGUAAAGUUCAUAGA